AUGGCGCUUAACGCAGCUUCACACAACAUCCCGGGCGAGAAGACAGGCCCAAUCACCGGCCAACCGCCCCCCGUAGACAAAGACAUUGCCAGCGACCUCCUCGGAUCAUCGGAGAAGGACCCCGUGGGACAAAGUGCGCCAGGACGGGACGGUGGAGAUCCGGAGGCUGGCAAGAAGAUCAAGUCGGAGAAAGAGCUUGAGAGAGAGCGCAAGAAAGCCGAGAAAGACGCCAAGUUCAAAGCGAAACAGGACAAACAAUCCGCCGCUACGGCCAGCGCCCCAUCCAAAGCCAUAAAAGAGAAGAAGAGGGAGGCCGCGAAGGAGGACCGGCUGCCGGAGUACGUUGAGGAGACGCCAAAGGGGCAGAAGAAGAUUCUGAGACCUUUGGACGAUCCGUACGUCAAGGCAUACAUCCCGAAAGUGGUGGAGUCGGCAUGGUAUGACUGGUGGGAAGCGGAAGGCUUUUUCAAGCCUGAGUUCGGUCCGGAUGGAAAAGUCAAGGAUACAGGGUCCUUCGUCAUCGUGGAGCCGCCUCCAAACGUUACUGGUACCUUGCCAAGGCAUGCGUUAGCAAACAGCCUACAGGACACGCUAAUACGCUGGAACCGGAUGAGAGGUCUCACAACCCUAUGGCUGCCAGGUUGCGACCAUGCUGGUAUCUCGACACAAUCCGUUGUGGAGAACAUGCUUUGGAGACGAGAAAAGAAAACAAGGCAUGAUUUUACACGCGAGGCGUUCGUCAAGAGGGUCUUUGAAUGGAAAGAAGAGUAUCAUGCGAAGAUCAACUACGUCUUGAAGCGGAUGGGUGGCUCGUUCGACUGGACAAGGGAAGCCUUUACGAUGGAUGAGCAGCGUUCGAAGGCUGUCACGGAGACCUUCGUGCGGUUGCAUGAAGAGGGUUAUAUUUACCGAUCGAAUCGCCUUGGCAGGACACUGCUCGACGUUCCUGGAUACGAAAGGAAGGUUGAGUUCGGUGUUUUGACGCACUUCAAGUAUCCCAUUGACGGCUCAGAGGAGACAAUAGAGGUGGCGACAACGCGUCCGGAGACGAUGCUCGGUGAUACCGGCGUCGCCGUGCACCCACAGGACGAGCGUUACAAGCACCUCAUCGGCAAGUUCGCCAAGCACCCAUUCGUCGAUCGGUUAUUGCCUAUCUUCGCCGACGACUAUGUUGACAAGGACUUCGGUACUGGAGCUGUGAAGAUGACUCCUGCUCAUGACGCCAACGAUUUUGCGCUUGGGCAACGGCAUAAUCUGGAGUUCGUGAACAUCCUCAAUCGCUUCGAUGCUCGGUACACUGUCACUGAGGAGCUGACGAAACUCGGCCUCUUCGUCAAGAAGGAGAAUAAUCCCAUGAAAGUACCCCUCUGCGCCAAGUCUAAAGACGUCAUCGAGCCCAUCAUGAAGCCACAGUGGUGGAUGAAGAUGGACGAGCUAGCCAAGGCAGCGAUCACAGCAGUUGAGGACGGCUCCAUAAAGAUAAGACCGGAGUCGGCAGAGAAGAACUACUUCAAUUGGCUCAAAAAUAUCAACGACUGGUGCCUUUCAAGACAGCUUUGGUGGGGCCACCAGUGUCCGGCAUACUUCAUCAAGAUCGAGGGCGAAGAUGGAGACCAGUCGGAUAACGACCUCUGGAUCACUGGCCGCACCGAGAAAGAGGCUGAAGAGAAGGCUGCAAAGAAGUACCCAGGCAAAAAGUUCACGCUCACUCGGGAUCCUGACGUCCUGGAUACUUGGUUCUCCUCGGGUCUCUGGCCCUUCUCGACGCUGGGAUGGCCCGACGAGACGACUGAUAUGGCCGAGCUGUAUCCGACCUCCCUGCUGGAGACUGGAUGGGACAUUCUGUUCUUCUGGGUUGCACGCAUGAUAAUGCUGGGAGUCAAGCUUACCGGGAAGGUUCCGUUCACCGAGGUCUACUGCCACAGUCUCGUGAGAGACUCCGAAGGCCGGAAAAUGAGCAAAUCACUUGGCAACGUCAUUGACCCCGUGGAUAUCAUGGAUGGUGUCGAGCUCCAGACACUCCACGAUAAGCUCAAGGUCGGAAAUCUCGAUCCGAAGGAGGUGGCGAUGGCGACGAAAUACCAAAAGACCGCCUUUCCGAAGGGCAUACCGGAAUGCGGUGCUGACGCGCUCCGGUUCUCCUUGGUCCAGUACACUACUGGCGGAGGGGACAUCGCCUUUUCGGUGGAUGUCAUGGCAGGUUACCGACGGUUUUGCAAUAAGAUAUACCAGGCUACAAAGUACGUGCUUGGCAAGAUUGGGGAGGACUUCACGCUCGGCGAUACGUCACGUGUUUCGCUAGCAGAGAGAUGGAUCUUGCACAAGCUCACGAUCGCGUCGAGAGACGUCAACGAAGCGCUGGCCAACCGAGAGUUCUCAAAGGCCACAUCGAUUACGUACCAAUAUUGGUACGACUGCCUGUGCGACGUCUACAUCGAGAACUCCAAGGCUAUCAUUCAGGAAGGUACUCCAGAGGAGGCGAGAUCCGCGCUCGAUACGCUGUACACCGCGCUAGACAGUGGUCUUAGGCUGAUUCAUCCUUUCAUGCCCUUCUUGACUGAAGAACUAUGGCAACGACUACCUCGGAGACCAGGUGACAACACGAAGUCAAUCUGUAUUGCGGCUUAUCCGGAGUACAUUAAGGAGUAUGAUGACCCUGCCUCAGCGGCUGCCUAUGAGCUUCUGCUUGGCUGUGCAAAGGGAGUCAGGUCGCUCAUGUCUGAGUACUCGAUAAAAGACGAGGGCAAGACCUUUGUGCAGACCUUCGACGAGGACAGCUACAAGACGGCCAAGGAGAACAUCCAAAGCAUCAAGUCCUUAGUAGGCAAAGGUGUAGCCUCACUGGAGAUCCUGUCCAAGGACGAGUCCACGCCAACAGGCUGUGCCGUAUUCGCUGUGUCUUCCAGCGCUGCCGUGUUCCUUGAAGUCAAGGACCGUGUCGGAAAUAUCGAAGAGGAGAUCAAGAAGACCGAGGUGAAGCUGAAGAAGGCGGCCGAUGGAGCGGUUAAGCAGCGGAAGCUCAUCAAUGCACCUGACUUCAAGGAGAAAGUCAGCGAAGCCGUGCAAGAGGCGGAGGAGAAGAAGCUGGCGGAUUUCUUGGCUGAGCAGCGGAAUUAUGAGCAGAGCAUUGAGCAGUUCGAGCAGCUGAAGCUCGCGGAGCAAUAG